GCGGCUGCGCUGCGGCAGAGCGGAACGCUGGCGGGGGUACAGACCGCCAGCGCUGUGGGGGCUGCAGCCAGGGGGCAACAGGCAAGCUGCUAUUGCAGGGGUCAAGAGAAUUUGCUAGCUCACUUUAGCUAUGUGGCGGCCAUGAGACCACCACAGAGAGAGUGCGGGGACGUCGCCGGGCGGCUGGAGCUCUGGCCUAAGGCACCAGCAGCAGCGGGGGCUGCGACGGGAGAUCAACGAACAGACUGCUGUUGCAGGGGUCAGGGCGGUCCACUAACACCCUUUGGCUGUGCAGCGGCCAUGAGACCACUGCAGAACAACCACGCAGCAACAUGGACACAGCCAACUUACUCCAGCAGUGAAGCAGAAGUGAGAGUGCCUCUUCCGUUACCACCAGUUCAACCAACGCACAACAAAUUCACAACCGUUAAAGCACCACCGUGGAUCUCCUAUCAAGAAACCAACCCACAGCCCUUGCCAGCCUCAGAACAGCUUCUACGCCGAAGAUGGCCUGAUGGAGGAGGAAGAAGAGAAUUUAACGCCCAAGAAAUCUUAGCCGAGCUGUGGCAAACUGAACUCAGCGAGACAACAGAACCAGAAAAAAGACAAGCAGUUUUGGAUCCUGCAAAAGAGGAGGAACAGCAAACGUGGCUACAGCUACUACUUCAGCUUGAGGAGGAGAAUGUAGACUGGGAAAGCACACAGAACAUCUGCCUGCCCAAACCCAGACCAUCAGCAAAGUCAAAGCAACCAAUGUUGAAGUGGACUGCAAGUGUACUGACUGCGUUGCUGGCAAUGACAGCUGUUAGUUUUGUACUGCAAAAAUUUCAGCUGGGACAACACCAUCCACCUACUGACAGAACCAACAAUUUAGAGAUUGUUUUUAAGGAUAAAGAACAACUACAAGAAAUGAACAAGACACUGAGACCACCUGCAUCCGGACAAACAAAGAAGGACAAUUGAACAAUAAGGUACAAACCUUGGACCAGGUUCAAGUGUUACAACUUACUCAUGUACUUAGCACAUUUAAGUUGUUUUGUAAUUAAGCUAUGAAUGUUAUAAUUGAUUCAUGCUAUGCUACAGAGUUACUUUCACAUCUCGAAGCCUCCUUUCUUCAAGAUUUCACUAACCCUCUCCUUUGUCUGGAAAAGUGCACACCACAUAAUUCCUUGUUAAUCACACAAAAUCUAACUCUUACAUAAGACACAUCCAUUCACACACUCUCCAGGUAGAGUGGUGCAGCAACACACAAGGAAUGCUUUGGGGGCAAGGGAGAAGUGGUCAAUGUGUAACCCCCAGGAAUACUUAUAGAAAACAUCGUAUGUUCUAAAUUUCUUAAACUGUGAUGAUACAAACCAUAGCAGGUAUGAAUACCAACAUAAAACUAAAAUACUUUCACCUUCCAAAACACCAGUUAUGAUUAAAAAUCUAAUAUCUAGGCAAUGAUCAAGACCAGUAGAUUUCAUAACUUGAGGGGAGAUAUAUGCCUGUGUAUCAAGGAGUGCUAAAUUGCGGGGGAUUCCUUCUGGACAUAUCAGGCCUUAUAGUAGCCCUCCCCUUCAACAGAAGCAAUCACCAAAAAAAAUGAGUAAAGAAAUUAGAUUUAAAGAAACACAACCAAUAAUAGUAAAAGGAACACACCACACAUUAAAAAACAUACUCUAAAAACCACAAAAAAAGGGGAGGAAAGAGAUAUGGAUCUGGUCCCUAUAUGUGUAAAUCUACAUUAACACUUCUUCAAAACAGGAACAAUCACAAAGAAGCAAUAAAUGAUACAACAGAACCAAAAGAAACACACAAACAGUAACCAAUACAAAACCAAAACUCCAUGAUUCAAACACAAUAAAGGGUUUAAGAAUGCAUGUGUGAGGAGAGAAUGAAACGGUGGCCACCAGAGUAUGAAUGAAAAAGUUGAGUGGACAUAUGUAUGUGUGUGUGAACUCAAUAUACUUCAUAGCAAGACAUUUUAAACACUACCUCAAAUAACACCACCUCAAACACAACAUCUACAACCCAACACAUUUCCCUUUCAAAUAAAGGUGAUGCCAUUACACAAAGUCACCCUCAGAUAAAAGGUUAUACACAUUUUCAAACCCUGGGUAAUUUAAAGUUGCUUGAAUAUUGCACGAACCAAUAAAGUUGUAAACAAUUCAAUAAAGGCCUUAUGACGAUAGGCACUGAUUUUUAUAAAUAGUUGAAAUAAGAUUGGUUAUGAUAAGAAUGUUUAAAAAUGUAUUGUUUCACAACUUCUUAAAUAGAGAGAGGGGAGAUGUGGCAGGAAGAA